AGAAAGAGCGAAGAAAGGAAAGGUAGAGAGGAGGCGAAGAAUGAAAUUCUGGGCCUCGGGGAUAGCAACAUCCCGUGCUCCUUCAUCACCACCAAAGCCUCUCACUCCCAUUGCUACUCUCUCACCAUCUCCUACAUUCUUCGUCCUUCGUCCUUCUUCUUCUUCUUCUUCUUCUUCACCUCUUCAAUGGGCAAUUGUGGCACCAGAGAGGAAUCCGCUGUUGUCUCCAACGCUCAAGUUCAACAGCUGCACAUGUCGUCCUUGACAUCUAAAAGUGCUGCCAGCGACAAGAAGCACCAUCGGUCUGUGUCAGAUCUGAGCGACAUUUCCACCCCGCGGCACAACUUCGAAGAUGCCAGGAAGAAUACACUACUCUAUACUCAUGUCAUUGCUUUCACAUUGUAUGAGCUUGAGACUAUUACGAAGAGUUUUCGCUCCGAUUAUAUCCUCGGAGAAGGGGGCUUCGGCACUGUCUAUAAAGGUUAUAUUGACGAGAAUGUGAGAGUUGGACUCAAAUCCCUUCCUGUCGCUGUCAAGGUUCUGAACAAGGAGGGUCUUCAGGGACAUCGCGAGUGGCUUACAGAAGUCAAUUUCCUGGGCCAGCUCCGGCAUCCUAAUUUGGUUAAGUUGAUCGGAUACUGCUGUGAGGACGAUCACAGGCUACUUGUAUACGAGUUCAUGUUUCGAGGAAGUUUAGAGAAUCAUCUAUUCCGAAAGGCAACUGCUCCUUUAUCAUGGGCUACAAGAAUGAUGAUUGCCCUUGGAGCUGCUAAGGGGCUUGCUUUUCUUCAUAAUGCUGAGAGGCCAGUAAUCUAUCGAGACUUCAAAACUUCUAAUAUAUUAUUGGACUCCGAUUAUACAGCUAAGCUUUCUGAUUUUGGACUAGCAAAAGCUGGACCACAAGGUGAUGAAACCCAUGUGUCCACCAGGGUCAUGGGUACCUAUGGAUAUGCUGCUCCUGAAUAUGUAAUGACUGGCCACCUGACUGCAAGGAGCGAUGUGUAUAGCUUUGGAGUUGUUCUUUUGGAACUUUUAACUGGAAGGAAAUCUGUUGACAAAACAAGACCAGGUAAGGAACAGAGCUUGGUAGAUUGGGCCAGACCAAAGCUUAAUGACAAGAGAAAGCUCCUGCAGAUAAUUGAUCCUAGAUUGGAUAGCCAAUACUCAGUAAGGGCAGCGCAGAAAGCAUGUAGCUUGGCUUACUACUGUUUGAGUCAAAAUCCCAAAGCCAGGCCAUUAAUGAGUGAUGUAGUUGAGACGUUGGAACCUUUACAAAGUUGUAGUGAUGGUGCUGGUGAAGUCUUAUCAUUGGGACCAAGUAACGGAGGAGCCGGUCCCUUUGCCAUGAGUGGAAUCUCUGACUAUCAGAUGCGCAAGAGGUUUUCAAACAAUGUUGGUCCAGGCGCUAGUUGCCGGUCCCCGAACCCAAACUGCUCACCUGGCGCCCCUGCUGCUUGCAGGGUCAGAUGAUAACCUCACCCGAUGUAUUUCAAUCCGGUGUGCUUCUCAAAUCUCAAUUUUCACCUGAUCUCAUGAAGUAAUAUAAUUUGCUUGUUAUUAGAAUGGGGGGGGGGGUAAUCGGUGUAUUUGCUGGUUUGUACAUGGUGUUAUGGUUGACGAAAAGCCCUUUGUGGAUUGUUUCCUUUGUAUCAAUGUUUGGUCUUUGGGUCUCAGUGGGAGCUAAUUGCGUGUGGAAGAGUAGUCUACUGUGUGUAGUUAUGAUCAUCAACAUCGUCAAAACUAACACCACUGAUUCCACACGUCAGGGGCUCAAGAUGCUCUAAGUCGUGUGUAACCUCAUAAUAUUUAUGACUCACCAGCCCAUUCACAUGCUAUAUAUAAUACUUUCCUGUGUAGUUUGUUUUUUUCCAGGAAACUGAGGAAGACUAUCCCUCUGAGAUGCUUGAGGAUGUUGUUAUGAUUUCUUUUCUUGAAGCCUAGGAAGUAUGCAAGGAAGGCAAAAUGUAAAAUGUCAACUAUCGUUAUAUAAAAUAACAGUUAUUUUCUGAAUUAAA